GCAGUAACACUUUAGAUCAAUAAAAAACAAGAAGAAAAAGAUGGCUCAGAACGAUACAGUGAAGCUGAUAGGUUGUUGGUCAAGCCCUUAUGCCCUUAGGGCUCGAGUGGCUCUACACUUGAAAUCUGUCAAGUAUGAGUACUUGGACGAACCUGAUGUUCUCAAUUCAAAGAGCGAACUCCUUCUCAAGUCCAAUCCCAUCUUCAAGAAAGUCCCUGUUCUUAUCCAUGGAGAUGUUUCCAUCUGUGAGUCACUCAACAUCAUUCAGUACGUCGAUGAAGCUUGGUCCUCCGAUAUUCCCAUCCUUCCUUCUCAUCCUUACGAUCGUGCCAACGCUCGGUUCUGGGCUCUUUUCGUCGACGACAAGAUAUUUGCAGCGUUGGAUGCUGUGGGCGGAGCAAAAGACGACCAAGGCAGGAUGGCGGCGGCGGGAAAGCUGAUGGAGUGUUUGGCGACACUUGAAGAGGCGUUUCAGAAGAGCAGCAAAGGAUUAAGUUUCUUCGGAGGAGAAAACAUCGGUUUCCUUGACAUUGCUUGUGGGACCAUUUUGGGUCCAGUCUCUGUGAUCGAGGCAUUCUCCGGCGUCAAGUUUCUCCGGCAAGAGACUACACCUGGGCUUAUCCAGUGGGCCGAGAAGUUUAGGGCCCAUGAAGCUGUUAAGCCUUACAUGCCUACCGUGGAAGAGUUCAUUGCAUUCGCAAAGAAGAAGUUUAAUGUUGAGUGAUAUGCUUUGCUUCCUAUAAGCAAUGCGUGGAAUAUGAAAUAAUACUGAAUCAUGCAUGUUUGUCGUCUUUGAGAUUUUUUUUUCUUUUUUGAGCCUGUAUUUGCCAAAACUUAAAUAAAAUCAUAUGCCACUUGGGCAUUUCUUCUUCUU